AUGCUAAUCCAACAACCUCCCAUCCCCGAUAUUGGUCUUUUCAGUCUCUUUCCUGCUUGGGGCGGCUCUAGCGCUGGGUUGUCCAAGAUCCCCACAGCUAAUAUCUUAUCUCUUAUCUUCUACACAGGCGCAGGAAAAACCCAAGAAAAGAGCUGCGAAGGCCUUCGAAUGGGAAGACUAUUCGAUAUCCUGCUUUUCUCCCGCCGAAUAGAAUUUGAAACCGGCACAACCAACAAGGUAUACUGGGCAGUGGAAACCCCAUUAGAUUCCAGCUUCAGCUAUGGAAACAUCAAUGACGAGUUUUAUAAAUUGCUGGCACGGUUCGGUGUUGUUCUUGGGACUCGCCACAUUAUGCAAAAUGACACUCCUUUGAGUAAUUCGGAAACUACCCAAAGGGAGAUCAUUAAGGCGUAUCGAGAACAGGGCCUUGAUGUGAUUUCUAAGGUGCGGGAGAUCGAGGCUUCGAGGGGUCUUGUGGAGGAUGAGAAGAGUAUGAGAGCAGGUCCAUACGUGGACAUUUUAUGA